AUGCAUCGACUUUUUGCUGAGCUGGAGCCAUCUGUAACCGUCACCGAGCAAAACCUGGCAGACCGAGUCCGGUAUAUCUUGCGCUCAAAUACAUUUGAUGUCACCGAACUCGAACGGCUACGACGUGAGGCUGUUCCUUCAUCGGAUGAAAAUGCUACGGCUGAGGAUGCGGCGCCACAACUUGCAGAGCAACCGACAGACGUGGAUGCCGCCGUGAAUACCCCAGUUUUGGUUGAUUCAAACGAUGAUGGAACAGUCGCCCAGGAACUGGAACUGGAGCAAAUGAGGAGUACAUUGGAUGAGGCGAUUUUGGAAACGCACAGUACGCCUCUCGAAAAUCGACCGCGACUUCCCCGCAUAGCCUGA